CUUCCGGUAGCAACAUCCGUUUCUGGUGAGUCGAGUGAAGAUCGAGUGACGUAAUCAAUGACUGAACACAAAGGAUGGGACUUCUGGAGAAACACCCUGAACAGUGCUCGUUUGGUGGUUGCUCCAAUGGUUGACCAGAGUGAACUCCCCUGGCGGAUGUUGAGCCGGAAAUAUGGAGCAGAACUAUGUUACACCCCCAUGUUCCAUGCCUCGGUGUUUUCACGUGACGCGAUUUACAGGCGCGAAUCAUUACAGACAUGCGAUAAAGACAGACCACUCAUUGUGCAGUUUUGUGCCAAUGAUCCAGAGAUUUUCUUAAAAGCGGCCCAACUUGCAGAAGGUCAGUGUGAUGCCAUUGACCUUAACCUUGGUUGUCCACAGAGCAUAGCGAGGCGAGGUCAUUAUGGAGCAUUCCUGCAAGACGAUUGGUUACUGCUACAGAAAAUGGUCAGUCUGUGUAAUGCCAAACUGAAGGUACCGAUCACUUGUAAGAUUCGAGUGUUUGAAAGCAUUGAGAAAACAGUUGAAUAUGCACAAAUGUUGGAGGAGGCUGGAUGCCAGUUGCUCACUGUUCACGGGAGAACUAAAGAACAGAAAGGACCUUUGACUGGUCUGGCAAACUGGGAACACAUCAAAGCUGUGCGACAGAAUGUAAAGAUACCAGUGUUCGCGAAUGGCAACAUCCAGUAUUUAUCUGAUGUGGAUCGCUGUAUUGCAGAGACGGGGGUUCAGGGCAUCAUGUCUGCAGAAGGAAAUCUUCACAACCCAGCUUUGUUCCAUGGCAUCAGUCCUCCGGUCUGGCAGAUGGUCAAUGAGUAUCUGGAGUUUGUCGAGAUGUACCCCUGUUCUACCUCAUACAUACGUGGUCACGUUUUUAAAAUAAUGCAUCAUGCGUUGGAAGUUCAUAAGGAUGCAAGACAGAAGGUUGCUCUUGCAAAAACCAUCAACGAUUUCAAAGCUGCCAGUGAAUUUCUUGAACAGAAGUGUCAGGCCGAUGUAGAGAAGUAUGAAAAAGAGCCAGGAUCAUUCAAGUGUGAACUUCCACUUCCCUACUGGUUGUGUCAGCCAUAUGUCAGACCUAGCCCCAAGGAUGCCAACAGUGAGGGGAGGAAAGCCGAGCGUGAACGACUAAACCUGAAACGAAAUGCCGAGCUCAGCCAGGUAGCGUUGGAGGGAGAACCCAUGUCUAAGAACAAACUGAAGAAGAAACUUCGCAAUCCACAGAAGAACUUCGACCCACUGCACAAAGCGAAAUAUGAAAGAUGCAUGCAGUGUUGUAAUCCUAAAGGACGUCGAUGCGAGUUCAGUUUAUGCAAAUCCUGCUGUAAAUUAAAAUCAGUACGAGAGACUCUAGACUGUCUUGGACAUAAUUUCAGAUUCAGGACACGUGCCUUGACUAAAAGCGAGGAGAAUGGUCACAGUGACAUGAGUAGUGUGACAAAUGUCACUAAUGAUGUGACAGACUCUGUGACCAGUCAUAAUCAAACAUGUAGUAAUAAUUGCCAUACAGAUAACAAACAGACUUCAUCCCACAAAACGGAUCUCAGCGUGACCGAAGAUGCGGUGUCAUAGCAAAAAGAGUUUAUAGGAAAGACUUGAAAUGUACACAUUGACAGCUGGAGUCCAGAUUAAAAACAACAGUUUAACAACAUCCAAACACAUUGUUUAAUAAGUGGUUAUUAGGUAAUAAACAAAUUUCAACACAUUAAAAAGAUUAUCAUUACAUGUCGGGGUAGGAUGUAGCCCAGCGGUAAAGCAUUCGCUUGAUGCACAGUUGAGGUAGGAUCCAUUGGGCCCAUUGGGCUAUUUCUCAUUCAAACCAGUGCACCACGACUGGUACAUCAAA